AUGGCGAAAAGAGUUUGUGUUGAUGGAGAAGACAGAAUAUCAGAAUUGCCUGUGCAUAUUAUUCAUCAAAUCUUAUGCCGCACUGACCUCGGCGUUGAAGAGGCGGCGAGAAGUUGUAUCUUGUCCAAGACAUGGUACGAUUGCUGGACUUCAAGACCUAAUUUGAUAUUCUAUCAAUUUGAUAUGACCCUUGAAAACUAUGUCAAGUUGGUUGAUCAAUCUCUGCGAUUCCACGUCGAACGAAACUUACAUCUUGAACAAUUCAUCCUUAGUUAUCGUGAUCCAGAAGUGGAUUCUCACAUGGAUACUUGGAUUGAAUUGGCGGUUAAACUCAAUGUCACAGAGCUGGGAAUUCACCGUUUCGGUUUAACAUCAUAUAACUUACCUGAUGUUAUUUAUGAUGCUAAAAAGCUGACAACAUUGCAGUUAAGCAGAUGCCCAAUUACAAAGAGUUAUCAACAGAUGCCCAUCUAUCAGGACUCUAAGGUUACAGUGUUGUGA